AUGUCCCAGCAUUCAUCACGCUCGUCAUCUAUCACCGAGAAGAUGACGCCUCCGGGCUCCCCGCGAACACCGGCGUCGGCCUUCGCAGCCACCACAGCUAAAGCCAUGACUUUCAUGCCAAGUAUCCCCGAUUGGAUCCCAGAAUCGGUCCGGCAGAAGCUCCAGUAUGCCCAGCUCGUCUACGUGCAGACGUACAACAAGGCUUCGCCUAUCGUCGCGCACUACUACAUGGACGUGUCCAAAAACAUGCCGGUGGGCAUUCCCGCACGCCUACGCAGACUCGCCAACGUCUACGCCGUGGUCGUAUGCGUUUUGUUACUCUUCGUGCACCUGAGCAUGUCCUCGGGUUCCGCAGCCGCCCACCGUGCGGCCACUUCUGUUGGCACCGUCCACAGCGACUUCCCCCACAAGAUUUGGCAGACGUGGAAGGUCAACCCGCUCGAGUUUGAGGAGCGGGAGCACAACACCGCGUACUCGUGGCUCGCCCGCAAUCCCGACUACCAGUACGAGGUCUUGACUGAUGGCAACGAGUAUGCCUACGUCGAGUUUCACUUCGGUCCCGAGGGUUUCAACCGCCCCGACAUUGUCGACUUCUACCGCAAUGUGCGUGCGACCAUUGUGCGCGCCGAUCUGCUCCGCUACAUGAUUAUGUAUGCCGAUGGUGGUGUCUACGCCGACAUCGACGUGGAGGCCCUCAAGCCAAUGAGCAAGUUUAUUCCCGAGCGGUACAACAAGCGUGACAUUGACAUGGUUAUUGGUGUUGAGAUCGACGAGCCCGACUGGAAGGACCACCCUAUUUUGGGCCAGAAGUCGCGGUCGUUCUGCCAGUGGACGUUCAUGUCCAAGCCACAGAACCCCAUCAUGAUGCGCCUCAUCGAGCAGAUCAUGGCUUGGCUGCAUGGCGUCGCCGACAAGCAGAAGGUGUCCAUCUCCGAGGUCGUCCUUGACUUCGACGAGAUCAUUACUGGUACCGGCCCGUCUGCCUUCACCAACGCUAUCCUGGACCACAUCAACCGAGGCCGCUCUGGCAAGAACUUGAUCACCUGGGAUUACUUCCAUGACAUGAGCGAGUCCAAACUCAUUGGCGGCGUUCUGGCCCUGACUGUCGAGGCAUUCGCUGCUGGCCAAGGCCAUUCCGACUCUGGCAACCACGAUGCCCGUGCUGCUCUUGUCCGUCAUCAUUACCAUGCGUCCAACUGGCCUAGCCGGCAUCCCCGCUACCGUCACCCCGUGUACGGUGAGGUUGAGAAGUGCAACUGGGUCGAUGACUGUGUUAAGCAGUGGGAUGCCGACGUCGCUGACUUCAAGAAGCUCAGUGAGAAAGAGCAGCGUGAGCGCAUUGAGCAACAUGAACGCGAAGUCAAGGAACAGGAGGCCAAGGACGAGGAGGACCGCAAGCAGAGGCAGCGGGAAGAGGAAGAGGAGCGUGAGCGCCGCGAACAAGAAGAAGAGGAUGAGCGCCGGCGGAAAGAAGAACAACAGCGCAAGGAGGAAGAGGACCGUCGCAAGAAGAACAACGAGAACAAGGGCAGCGAGCGCAAAGAGGGCGACAACAAUGAGAACAAGGACAACAAGAGCAAGGACAACAGCAACAACAAGAACAACAACGACAACAACAACAACAACAAUGACAGCAACAAGGAGAAGGAGGGCGACAAGCGGAACUAA